AUGGGGCUCUCGGUCCAGCUGAGAGCAGUCGUCUUCAUCUUGGUGUUAAUAUCUGCACACCAUCCCACUGCAGGUGGUGGCCAUGAUCCGUUGCUUGUCUUGGAUGGUUAUGAGGAUGAUGGUAUUCGACUCAAAUGUUUCUCUGAGAGGUUGUUUGCUGAAGUCCAGGUGUUGUGGACAGAUGGUAGAGGAGACAAUGUCACGGGGACUCCUCUCACCACCAGCGCCACCACUGCUAAUGCCAGCAGCUUCCUCAUUCUAAAACCAGGAUCUGGAAACUCUGUGUCCUGCAAAAUAAUUGAUAAACUGCUGAAAACAUCAACAGAAUCUUCAGUUGUCAUUGCGGAUGUCUUCUUUCCUGCCACCUCCUCUUGGCUGGCAGCUUUUGUCGUGAUCCUGCUCUUGAGCAUAUUCCUGGUUAUCGCUGCAAUUUGUAAACUCAGAAAGAACAAUAAGACAACUACUCGUGAAAAAAAUGCACAAAAGGAAAUUCAAAAAGAGAUAGGUGAACUCAAGGAUGAAAUGGCUGAAGAACAGGACAACUUUCAGAAGGAAAAUCAGGAUAUGUUGAUCAAAAUUGAAAAAGUCCGGAAGGAACUGGAGUUCAGGAGAGCUCAUAGCAAUGCAGUUAAUAUCACUCUGGAUGAGAACUGCAAACAUCCCAGCCUCACCAUUAAGGAGAAAAACAGAGUCAUGUCCUCCACCCAGAAAGAGAUCCUGCCCAAAGCGGUGGUAGUAGCUACUGAAGGGUUUUCAGAAAAAAAACAUUACUGGGAAGUGGAGGUGGGGGACAAAUCAGAGUGGGAGCUGGGUGUGGUGUGUGAGGAAAUUAGAAAUACACUGAGGAGCAACACGAUGAAUACUUUCCCAAAGGGGAAUUUACUCAGUCUGCAGUUUUCUCAGGGAGAAUACAGCUUAACUGGUGGGAAGGGUGUAAAAAAUUGCAAGCCCUGCAGUGUGGUAGGUGUUCUCCUGGAUCAGGAACUUGGUAUGCUUUCAUUCUUUGAUGCUGAAGAAAAGUGCCUUCUGGAGUCUCUCUCUUUUGAGUUUUCUGGGAAUCUGUACCCAUUCUUCAGUCCAGGCUCUGAUGGCAAAUGGUUGGGAGUACGCCCUGUAUACAUUUAA